CAGCGGGUGGUGUCUCCCGGAGGUGCUUCCCACUGCGUGACGCGCGGACUCCCCUCCCCGCUGCCCGCCCGCCCGCCCGCCGGCCUCGCCGCCUCCUUCGCUCCCUCAGCGCGCAGAGCGCUGGCAGCGGCCGGGGCGGAGGCCCAGGGCGACGCGGGGCCUAUAAGAGAGCCGGCGGGCGGGCUUCAGAGCACCGGGCGGCUCGGGUCCGCUGCCGGUCAGUGCGCGGCGGGCGAGCAGCGGGCGCGGGUCUAUAUGGCGGCGGCUCUGUCGGGCCUGGCUCUCCGGCUCUCGCGUUCCGCCGCCGCCCGCUCCUAUGGGGUCUUCUGCAAGGGGCUGACCCGCACGCUGCUCAUCUUCUUCGAUCUGGCCUGGCGGCUGCGUAUCAACUUUCCCUACCUGUACAUUGUGGCUUCCAUGAUGCUCAACGUCCGCCUGCAGGUCCAUAUUGAGAUCCAUUGAAGACCUUCCACCGACUAGCACAGGUGUGUCCUUGGGCUCACUGCAUCAGAGAACACGGCAUGAGGGAC